CUCUCUCUCUCUCAUUCUCGUUCUUUCUUUCUCUCUCCUUCUCUCCUUCCUCUCUCAGACACACAGAGACAGACCCAUUAAACUUGUGGGGAGUGAAAAUGGCGAGGAAGUGCUCACAUUGUGGGAACAUCGGCCACAAUUCAAGGACGUGCACAUCGAUGAGAGGUGCUUUCGCAGGGCUUCGACUCUUCGGUGUUCAACUGGACAUAUCGUCUUCUUCUUGUGUUGCCAUCAAGAAAAGCUUUAGCAUGGACUCUCUGCCCUCUUCCUCAUCUUCUUCUUCCUCUUUCUCUUCCUCCAGAUUAACCAUCGACGAACACUGCGAUAGAACCUCCCUCGGCUAUCUCUCCGACGGUCUCCUAGGUCGAGUACAAGACCGGAAAAAAGGAGUUCCCUGGACAGAAGAGGAGCACCGAGCAUUCCUGGUAGGGCUGGAGAAGCUGGGAAAAGGAGACUGGCGGGGAAUCUCCAGGAACUAUGUCACCACCAGAACCCCUACUCAAGUUGCCAGUCAUGCUCAGAAAUACUUCCUUCGACUCGCCACCCUUCACAAGAAGAAGCGACGUUCCAGUCUUUUUGACAUGGAUUGUAUAUGGAAGGUUGGAAGCAGUCAAGGUCAUGCUCAUCCUAAGGCAGGCGAUUCGGCAGAGAAUAUUGACACUGAUUUGCAGCUUCUUGGCCGCAAGAUAAUGGAAGCCGACAAAUCACCAGAUGAUAAACAAACAGAAGAAAUUGCGGAUGAUGAUUAUUCUCAACGUUCUGAAACUUCACAAGGUGCCAAAUUGUUGAAAUCUUCCAAUGGAUCAGCGGCGCUUGAUCUGGAGCUCACACUUGCAGCCCCCAACAACACUCUCCAGCACCAAAAUACCCUUCUUGGUCCAGUCAUCAGCGUCACCUGAACCAGCCCUAUAAAUCUCUUUGAUCACUCAUAUAUAUAUAUAUAUAUAUAUAUCAUAUCCAUCUAUCUAUCUACAUAUAUUGUACCCUUUUUUCUUUCUUUCUCUACUGACAAACAGUGUCAGAUAAUUAAGAGAAACAUGUUUUCUCUCCUGGUGUUAAUUAAUGUUAGGCAUUCAUCGCUCCAUCCAAUAAAUGAUUAGCUAACUAGCUAACUUAUUUCAGCAUCCCGAUGGCCAUAGUCUGUAACUACAUUUGUAUUCAUGUUCAAGCUAGUGCGUCUUCUUUCUGUAUCUGAUCACUGAAAUAAUGUUCUUUUUGUUCGGAGUAAUCA